GAGAAAAGUCACAGCGCGUGCGCUGGGUCGUAGAACACCAAUGGGGAGAAUCUGUGCCCACUAAAUACAUUUUCUCGCUUUCAUUUAAACUGUAACGCGUUGCAUAAUUGAUUAACUACAAAGUAUUUACAAUAAUCCAUUCCUUAAUGCAACAAGUAUGUUACUGUUGGUUGCAAACGAUUCGUGAAUAUUUUAUGAAAUUCACAGCACUAGGACCAGGCGGUCGUCUUUGGAGGUCGGAGAAGCUCCCUCAUCUUGUGUAUAGAAUCCAUUGUAAACAUGGCUGCCGCUGUGCAUCGGAUUCUGUCCUUCAGUAGAAAUGCUAAGGCGCUUGUAUCGCCUUUGAAGACCUCGGCGGUUUCUCUACAGCGCUACAGUUUACAAGCGUCGACCACUGGAGAGCAAAUUACCCACACCGGACAAGUGUAUGAUGAAAAUGAUCCCAGGCGGGCCAGGUUCGUGGGCCGACAGAAAGAGGUGAACAAGAACUUUGCCAUCAAGCUGGUGGCUGAAGAGCCAGUCAGUUGCAUAGAGGCCAGAGUGGUGUCAUGUGACGGUGGUGGAGGAGCACUGGGCCACCCAAAAGUCUACAUCAACCUGGAUAAAGAAACUAAAGUGGGCACAUGUGGCUACUGUGGACUGCAGUUCAAGCAGACCCAUCAUCAUUGAGAUGCUUUCUCGGUCCUCUCUCUCUCUCUCUCUGUAGUCUGUCAUUCUGGUUAAUAAAUUAUAUCUACUUUUCUCCUCA